ACAAUCACUUCCGUAUUUUUAUGGCAUCAAGGGACGACUAAUCUAGAUCUACCUGUGUUGUAUUCGUUCUUUUUAUUUGUCAACAGUAAAAUGUUAAAUAUAAAUUUUGUUCAAAAAAUGCCUCCUUGAUUUUUAGAUCUAUAUUGAUCUCUCUAAAAAUGGCAUUAGUUACCAUUCAACGCUCUCCAAGUCCCAGCACUGACCCAGAAUUGGAUGGUGUGGAUAGCACUGAAGAUGCUAGUGAAGGCAAAUCUCAAUUAAGAAAAAGAGAGGUCUAAUGCAACCACUUUUAAGGAGUUGGUGUCCUGUAUUUUUCUAUAGAUCCAAGACUUCCCGAGAAAAGCUGAGAAAAAUAUUCAGCACUGUUCGUUUUAUAUCCAAGCUUAGACCUUGUCUUAGUGAAAGUUAUUUUACAGUCAAGGGGGCAGCACUAAUACUUCCUCACAAUGAAUGUACCAAGAAGACAUCUAAAAAGAGCCAUGGAGGCGAGAUACAGAGUCACCUCCAGAGCAUGCUUCACUUACUGAGACCUGAAGACACUAUCAAGAUAGCAGUCAGGCUGGAAGAUGUCAAUUGCUGGAGUCGCUACAUGGCCCUUGUUUCCACUCGUGGGCGCCAGGACACAGAGGAAGCUGUAAUUUUGGGGAUAGAUUGCUCAAUCACUGAGGCUUUUAUAGGAUUGGUCCUUCCUAUAUGGAUGGGACUAAAGCUCAAACUAGGAGGAGAUGGUGGCUUCAGUCUAUGUACAGAUGAACAACGCUAUUUAUUUAAACCAGUCUCUGUGCAGGCAAUGUGGUCAGCUAUACAAAGCUUGGUAAAGGUCAUGCAUAUAGCUGAAGACAUGAAGUACAUUCAUGAUGGACUGACUCACACCUGGGUUGGCUAUUACAAGUCUCAUAUUGAUCGCAGGGAUGCUGCCAGGGCAUUGGCCUGGAAUGUGGAGGGAGUGGAAGUCUUUGCACCAUCAAGUCUUUCAAUCAAAACUGAUGAUGAGGACAAAGUUAUCAAGCAAGCUAUAAGUCAGAAACUGAAGGAAGUGAUGAUGUCUGUAGACCUGGAUGAAGCUACUUCUGUGAUGCUCAGGAAAAAAGUUGAGGAGGGUCUGGGAAUGAGUCUAAUAGAAUUCAAAAGUUAUUUUGACGAGGAGGUGAUGAGGAUACUUGGACAGAUGGAUGAACCCUCCAAAAUUUUAGAUUAUCUUUACUUGGGCUCUGAAUGGAAUGCUUCCAAUCUUGAUGAACUCAACAGUAAAGGGAUUGGCUACAUUCUCAAUGUGACAAGGGAGAUUGAUAACUUCUUUGUAGGCAUGUUUCAGUAUUAUAAUGUCAGGGUGUUGGACGUGGAAGAGGAGGAACUAUUAAGACAUUGGGAUAAGACUUAUAAGUUUAUCACCAAAGCCAGGAACCAUAACUCUAAAGUACUUGUUCAUUGUAAAAUGGGAGUUAGUCGCUCUGCCUCAACUGUUAUGGCUUACCUUAUGAAAGAGAAGCGUUGGACUGUGUCAGAAGCUUUUGAUUUUGUCAAAGAAAGGCGUGGCUGUGUGAAUCCCAAUCCAGGAUUUAUGGAGCAGUUGUCCACAUACCAGGGAAUAUUAACAGCCAGCAAUCAAAGAGAUAUUUUUCGCAGCAAGUCCAACCAAAACCUUCUGGAAGAAAACCCAGCUGAAACUGCAGAAUUAGGUCAGGGUUCUUUUUUAGGAGCUAGCCUCUUCACAAUGAUGUCACACUCUGAUUGGCCAAUGGCUUCUGGGGGUGUGGCGCUGAAGGAAGAGUGGCUCUCAGAAAUGCUCACCUCAGACUUUGCUGCUGACAGGGAACUAGAGGCUGCUGAGUCACGCAGUGCUGAUUCUGUAGAAGAGGCUGUUCCUGAUGUUCGAACACCUCCUCCAAUAGAAGUGUUUGACUUCUCUCAAGACUUGCCAUCUUCAUGUGCAUCUUCCAGUGCAGCCUCUUUCUCCAGGGCCUGCCUGGACCGCCAAAUUUCCCCAGAUUCUGAAAUGACAGAGUCUGGCCCUUAUGCCUCUUUGGCCAGCUCAUCUCAGCAUUCCGGAAGCCUUGGGCCUAGAAUUAAACCAGACAGUUCCUGGAUUAAGCUAGAGACUGAAGAUUCCAACAUUGAUAAAGUAGAAGACUGUAUUGUACGCACAGACUCUAUACAUAUACCAGACUCAAAGACAUUAACCUGCUUUAAUACUCAAGGGACAGCUCACUCUCCCGAAUUAGGAGAUACCCAUAUAGACUCUGCUGGAAGUACCUCAGGGUAUCACUUGACCAAUGCUGUGGAGGCUGCCUCGCCAAGCUUAAGUCAUUUCUCUCCUGCUGCUGCUAAAAUCCAGGUAAUCUCAGCUCAAGAUGACGCUAAGUGUGAUCCUGCUAAAUUCACCAUUGGAGAUAUUCAGAUCUGCAGAGAACUUGCCUCGGAUAGCCCCUGCAUUGUUGAUUCCAUUUCAAAUAAUCCGUUGUCAAUUUACUACUCAUCCACUGAUCUGGAAGAUAAUUUCUCAACAGCGGUUGAUGCUGGUACCUCUGGAUUGCUAGUAUCCACUUCAUCUCCAGAGGUAUCUGACAUAGAAGUCACUGACCACAGUAUUGAAGAGAAAGAAUUGCUCUCAGCAACAGGUGAUAAGACUGAUGAUCCCAAAACAGCCAAGAUAGCAAUCAGCAGAAUAGAAAUGGGAGUACGUCAGUAUUUCUUGAAAGAAAAGAUACCUUGGAAUAUUGGAAAGGUGAAAAAAAUGAGAGAAGAUAUUAAUAAAACUGGCCAGAUUUUACAAGAUUUUGAGAUCAACAAAAUGGACAUAAAAUCUCCAGAACAAGAAAUUAUAGAAUUUAAAGACAAAGAAUCAAAUGAUGACUCCAACCUACUGGACAGGACCGCCUACCACCAGCACCCUACUCUGUCUCAGUCUCAGAGUUGUAUGGAGUUGUCCUCUAUGGCUGACAUGGAUGGUGGGUACAUGUCCCUGUAUGAGAGAGAGGAGAUUCCUUUAGAACCUGGAACUGUCAGGAGAACAAAGCAGGAGAUUGAAAAUAGGCAACGGUUUUUUAGUGGAGAAGGAGAUGAGGAUAUUUUUUUUUCCACACGUCCAGUUCAAAGGUCAUCCUCACUCAAGCAUGAAGGAGAGAAGUCCAGGUUAAAAACUUAUCGGAGACUCACCCACUGUCCAAUUUUGUCACCCAUAUGGGGCAAGUCAUUAAAUGACCUAAGCUCUUUAGAUUUGAGUGACCAUACUCUGACAAGUUUAUCUAGUGCUUCAAGUAUUAAAAAGCCAGAAAAGCCUCCUUUAAGGGAUGACUCCAUGGCAUAUCCUGCUGUUGCUGCAAAUGUAACUUUACACAUUCUUGGUGAUGAAGCAACUCCCAUCAAGUCUGGGCUGGUCCGUAAACAAAAAAUGGAAUUAGAAGGUAGAUAUGAGCCAGAUAAAGGUCAAUACAGGUCACUGGUCAGUCCUGAAAUGACUCACCCAGUGGCCAUUCUGGGAUAUACUUCAUCUGAUCUUGAUCAUGCAAAAAUUGAAUCAGUUGAGCAUUCGCUUCUAAACAGUAAUGCAAAUAUUCGUGACAUGCCCUUAGAGGAAACACACUUGGCAAAGAGUAACUUGGACUCUAAAACACUGGCCUUGAUUAGAGAAAUUGGCUCGGCUUUGCUGAUGAGCCCUGCAUCUUCUGAGUCAUCAGAGAAAGAUGAAGAGUCCUGUACAAACAAAGUGAAAUACCUGGUGAGAAAGAUUGAAAAGAAAACCAACUCAGCAGUGCAUGUUGAGAAUCCAGGCUUGGACGCUGAGAGCAAGAGAUUUGAAGACAAGUUUAGAUUUUCUUCUAAUAAAGAUAGAGUUUCUGGCAGAACUUUAUCUACAGGGGACAUAGAUACAAGCUCUUUUUCAGAAAGCUGGCAAAAAUUGGCCUCACCAAGUGCCAUUGUUAGACAUGCAUUCAAGCCAGACAAGCAGGAAUGCCAUUCUCCAACUUCUAGAAGCUUUAAUCUAAGGUUACUACCAGAAGACAAGCAUAAUGUAGCACCAUCGUCUUUAGAGUUUGUUCAAGCAGAACCCAUCACAUUUGUAUGUGGCAGUUCUCUAGCUAGCAGUAGUGCUGUUUCCUCACCCCAGUCCUCCACCUACUCUCCACACUCACCUUUAGGUGAUGCUAGCAUGGAGCCUUCAGUGGUACGCAAUCUGGUGGACAAGUUUGAGACUCAGGCUCCAGAAGUUGAUCAAAACAUAACUUCUUAUUCUGACUUUCCUGGAGGGUUAGCCAGUACAUGUUCAUCUGAGCAAUCAAACUGCACUGCUUUGGAUAAUCUAGCAUCACCUUCCUUAGAUCAGAGCCUAUUUACACAUCGCUGUUAUGAUAAAUCUAAAGCCACAUCAGUUUCUUUAGACAUACCCUUUUCAGCUUCAUUGCAGACAUUGUCAAACAGACAGGUAUCACUUGACAGUGGCAUGCAGCUCCCCUCAAAGAACACCACUAAGCUCAGUACUUCCCCUUUUGAGAUCAAGGUUGAGCUCUAUGAGACCACAGACACUGUCAUGAGACCAACUGCCAGCAAACAGGGGAAAAUUCCCCUCAGUUCUACCACAUUUGACAAACCAGCUCCUUUGCCAUUCAAUAAAAUAAACCUGCAGUGCUCAGAACCCAAAGCCUGGAGACCUGUCAGGCCUCUAUCCGCUGAGUGUCCAUCAACAGAUAGCGAAUCGUCACCUUCAUCUGACCGGUCCAAAGGCAGAAGAUCUCUGGGGUUUGAGGAGUUCCAGCCUAAUGAGGAAGGGAGGAAAAUUAGACGCUUGCAGCAUGGGAAGUCACACCCACUUACUCAUCUGACAGAAAACCCUUUAAGAAAAGGACCCUUCUAUAGCUCAAUGUAAAAGCAAAACACUAAAUGUAUAUAUAAACAUAUAUGCACCUCUCUCCAUUCCUGCUAUUGUCACUCAUAUCUAGCCAUUUCCCACUCAUGCAGUUGAUACAAUGUUUUUGUAUCAAUCAAGGGUUUCAACACAUAACACAUGAAGUGAGAAAUUGAGAAACCUUUUAUCACCUGAAUAGUUAAGGCCAAUAUCCUAAUAGCGCAAAAUUUACAUAUAUAGUAUUGAGAUAUAAAUGUUUUUUCUCUGCUAUCAUAAACAAUUUGCCUGGUGUAUUUGGAAAAAACUAACUGUACUAAAGCUUUCUCAAAAAAGUCAUGAGAGCUCCCUUUAAUACUUGUUUUGUGAUGAGGCCCUUUGAGUGUAGAUGACAAAGGCUUAACAAAAUUAUGUAACAUUUAUAAAUUCUUGUGCAAUUUUGAUCUAGCUAAUAUGUCCUAGAAAUGAAAUUAUUGCUAAAAAAAAUGACACUUCCAGAUUUUGGGAUAAAAAAAAAAUCUUUUUUUUAUCAAGCUUAUACCAGCUCACUGUCUGUCUGGUAAAAUGUUUGUACACAUUAUUUUCAGACACCCAAUCUUGGAUCAAGCUAAAAUUUUGCACAUUUAUUUCUUUUACCUGACAACACAAGAAUCAAUUUAAAAAAUUAAUCAAUUAGUUAAUUAACUAAUGGUAAUAAAUUAUUUUGUUUGUUAUCUCAAACAAGGAAAAGAAGUGUACAAUAGUUUUACAAGCUAAAUUAGGUCGCUGCUUUAAAGUAAGUUUGAAAAAAAAAAAAUAAUAACUAUACAAUCUUCUAUAGUCAUAAAUGUCUCGCUAGCAGAGUGUUGAGUAAAUCAGCUUGAGGAGGCUCGAGCCACGAGUUUGAAUCAAGUCUUUCCCUCCUUUUUUUUUUAAAGGCUUUUAAAAACUGAUUAUAGUAAAAUUCCCCCAGAUAUCCCUAUCUUUCUUCCCUCUACCCCCUCCCCUCCUUUCCAUUUUCAUAAUUGGUCCAGAUAAGUGGUAGGAUCAUAACGUAUUGGUAAAAACAAUGGCACAGUUUGUUGGUCUAGAUGUAUUACAAAUUUAAUUCCAUGAUUGAUCCAAACUAAUUGAUACAGUUACAUUUCGUAUAAGCUUUGUUUUGUUUUUUUAAAAAGUAUUUUUAUGUUUUUCUUGUUCCUCGUAUCAUCAGGAUUCCGGUGUAUGUUUUGACAAAAAUUUGAAAAUGUUUUUAUUUUCUUCUCACCAAAGUUUAUGUUUUGUAAAUCUAUUGUAAUUAAAUCAAUAUAUCAUUGUUUUGUUGACUCUGGUUUUUAAUUUUGUAUUUUUUGUUUGUUUGUUUGUUUCUGUUACUACACUGCAUUCCAAGGGUGUCUAUUUACACUUUUAUUUUCAGUGCUAUUAUGUAGGCUUACUUUUUGCAAACUAAAUAAUUCAUAUGCCUUGGUGUGUUAUUGUUUCCUAGCUACAUUUUCUAGUUCUGAACAAGUUUAAUAUUUUAUUCAACUGUUUGAGUUGACAGACAUCUUUUCAACCUGAAAAACUCAAAGCUAAACGUAGUCAAGAUUUGUUUUGUAUAUAAACUCAAUGUCAACAAGUUGUGCAUUAUUGUAUAGUUUUUCAUUAUAGCAACUGUGUUAUUAGUUUUAGUUGUUUUUUUAUUUAUUUGUUGUUUUUCUGUUGUUCUUACAUAGAUUUUCAUUGUCCAUUCACAUUUUUUUUUAAUCAUGUUUAUUUGAACAACUGACCUCAACAUAUAAAGAACAAUUUUUUUUUAAAUAACUGUGAUGUAUUUGUAACAGUGAUGUCAAGUAGUCAUUCUUGAAAUCAAACUAACCAAGUUCUGGGGGUAGGCUCAAACUAAUUUACAGUGAAGUUGGGAGCUUAUGAUAUAAUUCACAUUAAUAUGGUCACUAUUUUACACCCACAAUAAAAUCAGUAAACCCUGUGCUCUGCAUUGUCUGAGGUGUCUUCUGAAAUCAUGAUCUUCAUUCAUUCUUUGGUCAAAUUGUAUGCAAUCAUUUUCAUGGAAGGGCUUCAGUUUAUUGGUUAUGAUAGGUCAAUUUCAACAUUGGGUAUACUUUGAAAUCUUGUUAAAAAACUGGUUAUAAAUUUGAUAAAUUUUCGCAAUCUUUUUUAAUAGUUGCAUAGUAUAAUUUUUUCAUGUCGACCAAGUCUAUUAUAUAUUUAUUUGCCAUCAGUUUAUUUGUUUGGUUAAGCUUAACAUGGUAGAAACAUUAUGCAACAUUUUCAAGGCAGUCAGUUUAAUUUAUCAGCCUCAUGCACUCAACCAUUCUGCUGGGAUUUAGGAAACCACUUUUGAACUGAUUGUUGUGAUAUUGUUUUUAAAUGGAUAUCUCUUCAUUUUGGGUCAUUAUUUUGAUCUCGUUAAUUUGAGUUAAAAACUUGUUGGACGUAAUUGGUUUUAAUCAAUGUUUUCUAUCUUUAAUGAACUUGUGUUAUUCAUUGUGUCAUAAACUGGUGUUAUCCAUGUGAUUCAUUCUAGAUAUUACAUUUGUUAUCUGUUCACCUCAAUCUACAAUUUCUUUCUCAUGUAAACCCAAGUUUUUCAUGCAAUAUUUAAGCUGGUAGGACUAGCUCUAAAGUGCAGAAAAUGUAUUACUUCCUUUGGCAUGAAUUUAACAGCAUGAGUACAGAUUUUACAUGAAACAGAAUGACAGCAAUCUUUUAAAAACAACUUUUUAACAACAGUUUCUGUGUUAUUUAAUUUUCUAUACUCAAAAUAUGCUAAUUUCAUAUAUUGCCAUGAUUGUCUUUUAUAUACAUAAUUUCAGUAAAAUAAUUCAAAUUUUUAUAAAAAUGAAGUGAAAGGAAAGAUAGGUUUGCAAAAAAUAAAUGCACUCAUUAAGUUCUGUGUCAAGUCCACUUUUUAGAUUUGAGAUACAUGGACAUCGUUCAAAUCUCCUGAUAGGAGUAACUUAUGCUGGCUAUGUAGCAACCAACCAUGAGCUAUUUCUUUUCUAGACAGCCUCUCUUUUAUCAGAAAACUGUUCAUGUAUUCUAUUGUUGAUGUAAUUAGUGCAAUGUCUCUGUGUUGAUUCCAAGCUACAGAACUUUUUUUUUUUUUGAUUUGCAACAAUUGCAGUGCCUUUAAUACGUAGCUAACUUUCAUACUCAUUCUCUUCUUGUCAACAAAUGUCAGAUGCUGGCCAUGUGUCAAGACUUUUCUUUUUUUUUUUUGGUGUUAAUAUGAUGCAAAUUAAUUUAGUGCUGUGUUCAAUGUUGACAUAUAUUCAGACUUCAGAAAUUAUUAGUCAUGCAUGAAUUAAACCUGGCAAAAAAAAAAUUGUAUAUACUUUGAUGGUCCACAAGGUGGUAUAGUAUUUUGCUAGAGGAAGUGUAAAAAAACUUAAAAUUAAGAUUGUAUGGUUGUAAUAGAUUUAGUUUUAAAUCUGAAUUAACAUUGUAAUAUUUAUCUCCCCUAGAUUUAAAGAAUUAGUUAGAAAUAGUUUGUUUUAUCAAAUAUUAAUUAAAAAUUUUGAAUGUUAUUUUUUUUCUUCUCAGAAACAUCUGCAACAUACAAGCUUUAAUAAAAUGUGGAAUUUUUUUAUUAUAAACAAAUUGCUGUGUUUCAUUACCUUAUUCUUCAAAUUGAUAAUUUAAUAUUUGAUGAUGAUUUUUUUUCAACAUUUAGAUUUGUUUUUAGACUGCUGGUCAUUCUGUUUUGUGGGUCUUUAUUGAAAGCAGAUAAAAAUAUAUUUAUAUAUGCAAGGCUAAAAUUGUCAUUACUUUCUUCUAAGUCAAGAAAGAUUGCAUUAAUGAUGUCCCUAUCUACUAAUAUAACUUGUACUAAAUAAUACUUAAAUAAAACCAAUCCUACUUUCACUUGUUAUCUGCAACAAAAAACAGCUUCCACACGCAUAUAUUCUUAAGCUUCUGUAAGUAAACUUAUGGACUACAUUAAAUGGCCACUUGUAAUGAGUAUUAGAGUAACAAUUUUGAAAGUAACAAUUUUAAAAGUGUUAUUCAAUAUUAUUUGUAUAUUUAAAUAGUAUCAAGUUCAUAUAUUUAACAAUUGCCUGCAAAUGGUUCUUGCUUUUGUUUUUACUAUUUAUAUUUUUUUCCACCACACCAGCCAAUCAUAGAAACAUAUAUGUCACAAAAUAUGCUUUCUUGCUAACGUUUUAUUUUUGUCUAAACAUAGACAGAAGUCAGCUUCAUUUGGUCAAUAAAAUAUUGUAUCAAUCUCUUA